AUGGAGUUUUUCCAGGCGUGCCAGGAUUUCCGGUAUCUGAAGGAGGAUGACCAGAAGUCCUUGGCCGCAGUCUGUACUUCAAAAACCUUCGAGGACGGGUCCAUUGUCUUGAAGGACGAGGAGGUUGGCGAGUGCAUGCUGAUAGUCAUCAGUGGCCGGGUGGCUGCAGCUGAAUCGACUGCUGAUGCCUUCGACAGGGUGUCAUACGGCAAGCCUGGAUCUGUCAUCGGGAGUGUGGGGGUCAUCUACAACAAGCAGCAGGCCAAAGCGUUCGCCAAGGGACCUGUGGAAUGCCUCUGCUUGAACAAGGCAGCACUCAGCGGCUUCAGCCCAUCGGUGCUUGACGUGCUGCGACGGGCGGCCUUCAAGGCCAUCCUCCACAGCCUGCCACGGAACCCACUGGACCCAGAGCCGUGGCGUAUUCUCUCGGAGCAGCAAGUGAACCUCCUCAUCUCUAGGACCGAGGAUGGUACCUUCGAGCCUGGGGAAAUCAUCUUUGCACCCCAGGAUGGGGCGCAGCUGAUUGUGGUGAUCUCUGGACAGGUGGCGAUCAUGCAGGGCCUCGCCAAAACCCGAGAGGAGGACGACCUGGUCUUUGCUGCCGACGAUGUUGACAUCAUCAAGCAGUCCGAUAAGGUCGUUGAAGCGGGCCAUUGCUACGGCAAGCAGCCGGAGUUCUUGGAAGGCGUUUCCAUGUCAACCUUCGGGAUUGCCAUCGGCAAGGUGCGCCUCCACCGCAUCCUGCACAGCAACGUGCAGGAACUGCUGGGAGACUCCUUGAUGGAGGUCAUGCGCUGCGCAGAGAUCAAGCGCGUGCUUUCGGACAUCUUUCUCUUCAAGAAUUUGAACGAGGAGCAAAUCGACCGCACUGUGCGAGAGCUGGAGCAGCAGAUCUUUGCUGCAGGGGAGAUCAUCGUCCAGCAAGAUGACCCCGCAAGGCAUUUCUACCUCAUCCAGAGAGGGACGGUGGUGGUGCGGAAGGAUGGCAAAGUCUUGCGAACACUGGGGAGGUGGGAUUACUUUGGCGAGCGUGGUUUGCUUCUUCAGGAAAGACGGUCAGCCACAUGCCAGGCGCUUGACGAGUGCAUCUGCUUGGUGCUGGAUGCCGAUGAAUUCUUUCAGAUUGUCGGCCACUUCAAAGAUGAACUUGAGCGCCGCAUGCAGCUGCAGGAUCUCAAUCUCUCCAUCUCCGAUCUUCAGUGUACUGCGGUGGUCGGCCGGGGCACCUUCGGCGUCGUCCGCCUCGUGACGCCCAAGGGCAAGAAGGAUGCCCCUGAGUAUGCGCUGAAGUGCGUGAAGAAGGCGCAGGUGGUGAAAGGCCGCCAAGAGAAGGCCAUCAUCAUGGAGCGUGAGGUGAAUGCUCAGUGCUACCACCCAUGUAUCGUGCAGUUCAUCAAGACGUUCCAGGACAAGUACAACGUCUACUUUCUGACCGAGUUCCUGGGUGGUGGCGACCUCUUCUAUGCUAUCCGAGCCAUCGGCGCUUUGACAAAGCUGCAGUCGCAGUUCUUCACGGGCUCGAUCGCUUUAGGCAUCGAGUACCUGCACGGCCGUGGGAUUAUGUACAGGGAUCUGAAGCCCGAGAACGUGCUGCUGGACUUCGCAGGGAGGGCCAAGCUGGUGGACUUUGGGUGCUGCAAAAAGGAGAUCCGCGCAAGUACGCUCGUCGGGACUCCAGAGUACUUGGCACCGGAGGUGAUCAAAGGCAAAGGAUACACCAAGUCCAUUGACUGGUGGUCACUCGGAGUCAUGCUAUAUGAGUUCGUGGUUGGCCCGAUCCCCUUCGGAGCCGGUGAGGAGGAUCAGAUGCGCCUGUUCGCUGCAAUCAGCGAGGCUCCGCUGAAAUUCCCGAACUAUGUCGCUGAAGAUGCCAUACAGGUGCUCAGCGGGCUCCUGGAGCGGAGGCCGGAGCGACGCUUGGGCAGCUCCGGGGCCAAGGAGAUCAAGAAGCAUCUGUGGUUCAAAGGGUUUGACUGGGAUGCUCUGGCUGGGGGCUUCUUUCCACCUCCGUGGCAGCCAGAUGCACAGGCGCAGAUGAAGAAUUGGGAGGAGCCGGACGGUGACCUGAUGGAUCACGUAAGCACAGAGACCUUCACCUUCGCCAAGGGAAUGGAAUGGGCGAAGAUCUUCUGA